AUGUCGUCCUUCGCCGACUGCCCUCUGGAAGUCAUCGAAGUGGUGAUCGACCUCCUCCGGGGUUAUUUAGAUGCCCUCAAGGCAUGCUCUCAGACCUGCACAGCGCUUCUGCCCCUAUGUCGCAAAUACAUCUUUCAAUCUCUCAUCCUCGCCACUUCACAACGCAGUGGUUACUCUACCCCCGGGACCCCUAGCAACGUCACGGUGAUCAGACCAAAAUUUUGGCACGUUCUAGACACCAAUCCGACAAUUUCAGAGUACGUCUACACGUUAACAUACUAUAUCGACACCUACGACUCUUUGAAUGAUGACGUUCCUCGGGUGCUGGAGCGGCUUCGCCACGUACGCUCUUUCUAUUUGUAUGGCGGGAUCCCCAAGGCAGGUUGUAAACAAGCCCCCCAACGUUUCAGAGACACGCUACUGCGUGUCGUUCAAUCGCGCUUCAUCACAUGUUUAAAAAUCUCUGUCGACGAUUUCCCCAUCACUGCUUUCCUUGCUUGCGUUAACCUCACGGACCUCUCCAUCUCUGACAUCUACUUUGAUUCUGCCGACGUAGACGAGCAAGAAUCUUCCACUUUGAUUUUUUCAAAUUUAGACUUGAAAGUGUCGGACAUCCGAGUCCCACGACUUCAGGUGUUCGCCUAUGAGCAUGCUAUGAGCGGUCAAUAUGCGAUGCGCCUUCUCAAUGCUAAAUGUCCCAACGGCGGCCCAAUGGUAGACUUUACCAAUGUUCGGACGUUGUGUGUCUAUCUGGAGGAAGAUUUGGAUUUGACUGUAGUGCAUGCAUUAGUGAACGCAACGAACAAGCUCGAAACUCUGCGAUACAAUCUGGAUAACUUCAACGGCGAAUAUGGGAGCGAAUAUGGGAGUAUUGCCCCGUCGAUCAAUAAACGUUCCCUAUCGACGCUGAAACGACUCCACCUCUCCUAUGAUUUCGAAGUGCAUGAAUCUGCCACAGAGUUUGUGUGUGGAAUAUGCAAGGAACUCGGCAUUCUUUCAGGACUCCCGAACGUGAUUGAAGAAAUUGCCAUAGAGGCUGAAUCCCUAUCUGUCCGUCGGGGUGAAUUAGACGAAGAUGUUGUUCAGAAAUACGCGAUUAGGGAGAAGGAAGAUGGGCAGACAAUGUACAGCGACGUAGCAGGCGCCACCGAACCCGUGUGCGACCUCGACAGGAUUAAGGAUUUCAUGUACGUUCCCUUUUCUCCCUGCACGUCUUUGUUUCCCACUUAUGGAAUCAAUAAAUGUACGAUGACAGCCCUGCAAAAGUACACGAAGCCCUCACAUCACCAAUCUCCGAGCGGGGGACGGAAUUUGGAAAGAGCUGACCUGGCACAGCUUUGCAGUGGUCAACGUGGGAACUUCUUAACGACUUGCAUAAGGAGGGGGGACAAUCCUGAUGGAACUCCGAUCCUGAAACCUUUGGUCGCCAGUGAACUCCGAUCUACCAGAGUACAGAAAUCUCUCGGUUGGCCUCCGGAGCCCACUGGAGGCGCAAGGACUAGGAGCAAGCCCGAUAUGGUCGUUCUUGAUUCUCUUCGCCAAGGACGUAGAGAUUGGGCUCAAAUAGACUUUGCCUUCCCUCACCAUUUGAAGGGGCUGAAGGCACAUGCAGUCUUGAAGGUCCCUGAAGUCCCAUUAGGGUGGCGUCUGGCCCAAUCUCAACAAUUUUAUAUUACAUCCAAACUAACACUGAAGGCACAUGGCGUUGGGGCGUUCAAUUAUCAAGCAUGUUGA